AUGUUCGAGAAAAUGAUAUCUAAACUACGGUCAAAUACCGAGAAACCAUCCAAGCGCGAAUAUAAACAGACCGCCGAUGAAAAACCAACCAAGAGCGAGGAAAAGGCCCAGAAGCGAUUUUCAAGGGAACACAGUAAACGGGUGCGCGCCCGCGAGAAGGCUUUAGUAAAGGCACAAGAAAAACGGGCAGGGGGAGGGAAAUUCAAGAUGAAAGGAAGCUUUUUGACGAUUGGCGGUGGAUGCUGA